UUUUAAUAGAUAUUUCCGAUAUAAUAUUCUUCUCGGUUUACUAAAUGAUUGACAUCUUUUUGGAGCCAACAGCUACCUGGAGAAAUGUCAAGAGCGCAUCAUUAUUCUUCCUGCUCCGGACGCCGGACAGCCUCGGUAUCUUUCCAGUUCAGUUAUCUCGGCCGCCGGAUAGUUAGGGAGCCAGUGGUUAUAUGAUGCGAGCAUCCAUCUACUCCUGGAUGUCCCUUUGAAUACAACCCAUUCACCUUGAUCUCACUCGUAUUUAUCCCACAUUUUCUUUGUAUUCUGUUGCUUGGCAAUCUUUAUUAUUUGUUUUGGCUAUCAUGGAUUCUCAAAGCCUGUUCGAUGUCAAGGGCAAAGUGGUACUGGUCACCGGUGGCGCCAAGGGCGUUGGUCGCAUGAUUUCCGAAGGUUUCGUAGCAAACGGAGCCACUGUCUAUAUCUCGUCCCGUGAUGCCAAGGCUUGUGAGAAGGCCGUAAACGAGCUCAAUGCACUCGGACAAGGAAAGGCACACGCGAUUCCCGCUAAUUUCUACAAUGAAGAAGAUGUCAAGAAAUUGGCUGAAGAGCUUGGAAAGCGCGAAGGCAAGCUGCAUGUUCUUGUCAACAACUCCGGAUCGAACUGGGGCGCUCCUUAUGAUGAGUAUCCUUCCGCUGCUUGGACUAGGGUCCUCACUCUGAAUCUCCACCGGGUGUUCGAUCUGACGAGGCUCGUUACCCCCCUGCUGGAGAAGGCAGCGUCGUCGGGCGAUCCAGCUCGCAUCAUCAACAUCGGUAGCAUCGAUGGACUUCGAGUCCCAGCGCUAGAGACCUUUGCUUAUAGCGCUAGUAAGGCCGGUUUGCAUCACCUCAGCCGGACUCUUGCCAACCACCUUGGUAGAAGGAACAUUACAUCAAACUCGCUGGCUUGUGGCCCCUUUGAGAGCAAGAUGAUGGCUGCUACUUUGGAAUCCUAUCGGGAGCAGAUCGAAGGAAACAUUCCACUAGGUCGUAUUGGUACCCCCCAGGACGUGGCAGGUGCUUGCCUGUUCCUGAGCAGCCGUGCGGGCUCGUAUGUGAACGGAGCCACUAUCACACUCGAUGGGGGCAGCGCUAUUGCUGCCAAGCUGUAAGAUAUAGGGGAAAUGGGGUAGCACAUACGAGUAAUCUCGAUAUCACAAUCUGAUAUUGAUGAACAAGAUAAUGUCCUUUUACGGAAGGUGUAACCUAAACCUUUUAUAUUUGCUUAUUUGGCAACAUUUUGUUUCAAUCUUCACCUGCGAGCUUAUGCACAAUGUUCAUGCAAUUUAAACUUCUUCCUAUUUUGACACGUUUUUUAGACUCUCGCAGCGCAUGGC